AUGGGGAUGCAGACAUUGGGCUUUUAUUGCAUUCUGAAUCGUGAACUUCUUAUUGCUGGUUUAUGAAUUUUUGCAUUUUUAUUAAUCGAAACGAUUUUACUUUUUGGAUUCAUUAAACUGCCUAGACAUAUCAAAGCUGAUCUUAAGCUACGUCUGAAGCAUCAUUGGCGCUGCAGGGAACUUUUAUGAGCUCCUUUCUUUUUUCACAAUAAUGGCUAA